AUGGAUAUUGUUGGGCUCACCUAUAUUUGCAUGGUAGUGCAGUUAAUACCAUUACUGCUUACCGUACUGCUGGGAAUAUGGUUGUUCCGUAUACUGCGAUCAGAAACCGUCGAUGAGAUUAUUCACACAUCCUCGCUUUUGGCUUCUGCACAAACCUCACUCACCUAUGCUGAGAUUCCUUUUCCAUUACUCGCUGUAAUAGCACACUUAUACGGUACCAACAUGAACGAGUUUCAAAAACUAUGGAUCAAGGAGAAGGAGAAACGUUGCCGAAAAGUGCUUGAGGUCUACAAGAAGGAUUGUUUGACGACAAGCUUUAUUCAAAAGUACGACGUAUUUCACUUGAAGUUGAAAGUCAAAUUCGUUGGUAUGAAUGACAAACUCGAUCAUGAGGUGUAUCUUCUUCAUGGCUACGUCGGCAGUGAAGCUAUACUUAGCAGCUGUAUACAGUCAGAAUCACAACGUUCCCCUAUGACACGAGGCCGUCAAAACGGCGAUAAACCUGGGUCUAGCCGUGCUGACAAAUCGCUAUCAGCAAAAUCUGCAUCCGAAAAGCAGCGAUCCAGUUCUACACGUCGUCAAAAAAGUGGAAAGAAAUCAAAAGAAGUGAAAGGCGUAGAUGGCGACGCUUCGGAAGACAGAAGAAUGACCAGCAACGAGCGAGAAAAUAGGCGAAGAUACAGCUCAAACAGAAGCAAAAAGCAUUAUAAGAAGAAUGAUGGCAAAGAUGGUAGCAGGGAUGAUGCUGGUAACGAUCCAAGACAAAAACAAUCCAACACUGGCGAUGAUGUUCGUUACGAUCUAAGGAAAAAGGCCUCUAAUGAAGAUAGCGAAGAUAUGAAGAAGAAAUCCCACUACAUAUAG